ACUGCUUGUACAGUCAAAUCCAAUCGAGAAAGUCAUUGUUGUACACAGGAUGUAAUAUACCGACGAGGCGUGGCUUGAUAAACCCUAGGUAGGCCUAUGUCUCUAGCUAUAAAAGGAAUGCGUCAGCUAAGCGCCAAGUGAGCUGAAGAGAGCGGUGAACGAAGGAUAGGUGGAUAGUUGAGAUGUGAAGUUGUCUGUUCGAAAGCCACUGAGAACAGCACAAAUGGAUUCCAUGGGCAAUGCAUCGUCCUGGGAGUUGAAUGAUACCGACACCAACACCUGCAGUGAAGAAACACCGGUGUUUUGUCUCACGAAAACGGUAACUCUUUCCAUCGUACUCGGUAUCAUCUCCACAAUGACAGUCAUAGGGAACAUUUUUGUGAUUACUGCUUACACUAGAGACAAACGAAUUAGGUCUACUGUGGCCAAUUCAUUUAUACUGAGUCUGUCUGUCUGCGAUUUGAUAGUCGGUGCUGUCUCACUACCCUUGGCCUCUAUAUGGAUCGUCCUGGGCUACUGGCCCUUCGGGAAGAUCCCCUGUCAGAUAUGGCUCGCUCUGGACUACACCAUAGUCCAUGUUGCCGUCUUUACGAUCAUUUUCAUCAGCCUUGAUCGAUACUGGUUGCUGACCAAAAAACUCACCUAUGCUACCUUCCAGACGCACAAACGCGCGGCUAGCAUGAUCAUUGCGUCAUGGCUUAUCAACUUGCUGUUUUACUCCACGGUAUCUUUUCUGUGGGGUCCGUUGGCAGGCGGUGAUAAAAUAGAUUAUGACUACGAUUGUGAACUUGAAUCUUUGGAAAGCCUGGGCUUUCAGGUUUUUGAAAUAGUUUCCAAGUUCUUCAUUCCGUUGCUGAUCAUUAUCUACUUCAAUGCUCGAGUAUACAUCAACAUCAAGCGCAGAUCACGGGGUAUAUUUCAGAAGCCUCGGCAGUCUGGCGAUUUGCCGGCCGGACACAAAACCGCGAGAACAACACUUCGAGAGGGGAGCAACACACAAGAACAGUCGACUGACGAACAACGAGCGAGCAACGAUAAUUUCCCUCCCCAGGAAAUGCUUGUCCUGAGAACAGCAGAGGGUCAUAGUAACGCAGGGUUUGACGGGAAACUUGAAGAUAUAAUUAUCCAUCGUCAGUCAGAUCAAAGCCAGAUGCCGGCUGAUACUUGCUUGACCGACAAUGCAGGGGUCCAAUGGCUGCCGUCAAGGAAACUCGGGAACGGGGCGGGACAACAAGACAGAACAUUAGACCCGACCAAGUUCACAGAGGCACACGUAAAGAAUUCAAGCGGCACAGGAAGGCAGCAGUGA